AUGUGCCAGCACCACCAUCAUCACUACCACCACCACCACCACCCCCAGACCGCGGUGCCAGACUCUUCGCCCCUCGAGCAACAGCAGCAGCAGCAACAGCCUCUGCCCAAUCACCAUGCUCCCCUGCCGCCCUUCCCCUGGCAUCUCGCCGUCUUCGAUGCCCACUGCCACCCCACAGACACCAUGGCCUCUGUAUCCGCCAGCCUGCCCUCGAUGCGCGCCGCCACCCUAGCCAUCAUGGCCACCCGCUCCCAGGACCAGCACCUCGUCGCAGACCGGCUAGCCAAGCACGGCGACCAAGACGAGCCGCGCGGCUGCCGUGUCCUGCCGGCGUUUGGCUGGCACCCUUGGUUCUCGCACCAGCUCUACCAAGACGGCAACCCCCACUCCACUUACACGCCCCCCGCAGACGAGAACGACCUACACGCCCUUCACCUCGCCAAAAAGGCCCAUUACCAGGCCGUUCUCGCGCCUGCUCCCAAGCAGGACGACGACUACAACUUCAUCGCUUCCCUCCCCACACCUGUGCCUCUCUCCUCCUUUGUCGACGCCACCCGUGCCCGUCUCGACUCCUUCCCCUACGCCCUGGUCGGCGAGAUUGGCCUCGACAAGGCAUUCCGCCUUCCUCGCCAAUGGGAUCCCUCCGACGCCGCCUCCCGCGAUGACAGCCUCACCCCCGGGGGCCGCGAGGGCCGUCUCCUGAGCCCCCACCGCGUCCGCAUGCCGCACCAGCAGGCCGUCCUCCGGGCUCAGCUGAGCCUCGCUGCCGCCCACGGCCGCCCCGUUAGCGUCCACGGCGUCCAGGCGCAUGGCGUCCUCUACGACACAGUCUCGGCAAUGUGGAAGGGCCACGAACGCCACGUCCCCUCCCGUCGCGAGAAGCGCAUGUUCCACCCCGGCGCCGAGGACACCGACGAAGCCUGCGAUGCGCCCGAGCCGGGCGUCAGGCCUCCUUACCCGCCCCGGAUAUGCCUCCACUCGUACAGCGGCGGCGUCGACCUCCUCCAGCAGUGGAUGCAGCCCUCGGUGCCCGCAAAGGUCUUCGUCUCCCUCUCCACCGCCGUCAACCUCGGCUCCGACGCGGGGCGCGCAAAGCUCGACCCCGUCGUGCGCGCCGUCCCCGACGACCGCAUCCUCGUCGAGAGUGACUUGCACACGGCCGGCCCGCAGAUGGAUGCCGCCCUCGAGGACAUGUACCGCAUCGUCUGCGAGGUCAAGGGCUGGGCCUUGGACGAGGGCGUGCGCAGGAUAGGCCGCAACUUUGACGACUUUGUCUUUGACAGUCCCCAAGGACGAUGA